CAUUUGUGAAAGGAAGAGAUUAUAUUAAUAUUUCUCCCAUUUCUGCAAAAAAACCUAAUCGCACGCAUCUUCCCAAAACGCAGUCAGCAGAAUCCAUGGCGCGUCAAGCCACGAGGCUGAUAGCCAGCUUGUCAUCGCGGCUGCUCCGUCCUAAUCAGCUCAACCAGCUCCGCAAUUUCGGAUCGCCGCCGCCGCCGCCCGCCGUGUUCGUCGAUAAGAACACGCGCAUCCUUUGCCAGGGUAUCACCGGAAAGAAUGGCACUUUCCACACCGAGCAGGCCAUUGAGUACGGCACCAAGAUGGUUGGAGGAGUUACCCCUAAAAAAGGUGGAACUGAGCACUUGGGACUCCCCGUCUUUAACACUGUAGCAGAAGCAAAAGCUGAAACAAAGGCUAAUGCAUCUGUGAUAUAUGUUCCUCCUCCAUUUGCUGCAAAAGCUAUCAUGGAGGCAUUGGAGGCUGAGCUAGAUUUGGUUGUAUGCAUCACAGAGGGAAUACCCCAACAUGACAUGGUUCGUGUGAAAGCUGCUCUUAAUCAGCAGUCACGGACUCGGCUUAUUGGUCCAAACUGCCCCGGCAUUAUUAAGCCUGGUGAGUGCAAAAUUGGAAUUAUGCCUGGAUAUAUCCACAAACCAGGACGCAUUGGAAUUGUUUCUCGAUCUGGCACAUUGACUUAUGAAGCGGUCUUCCAAACAACUGCAGUUGGCCUUGGGCAGUCAACAUGUGUGGGAAUUGGUGGAGAUCCUUUCAAUGGAACAAAUUUUGUUGAUUGCAUGGAAAAGUUUCUUGUGGAUCCACAAACAGAAGGGAUUGUUCUUAUUGGCGAGAUAGGUGGCACAGCUGAGGAGGAUGCAGCAGCUCUUAUAAAGGCAAGUGGGACUCAAAAGCCGAUUGUUGCUUUUAUUGCUGGACUCACUGCUCCACCUGGGCGAAGAAUGGGCCAUGCGGGAGCUAUCGUAUCUGGAGGCAAGGGUACUGCACAGGACAAAAUCAAGACUCUACGUGAAGCUGGGGUUACUGUGGUUGAGUCACCUGCAAAGAUAGGCACUGCAAUGCUCGAGGUAUUCAAGCAGAGGGGUCUCGUCUGAGCAGCGCUGGAGCCAGCCACCGCUCCAGUGGAGGCUUGGCCGGUGCUGGAGCAAUGUGGAGUUGGCGGAGAAGAGAUGGAGCAUACAUAGAUGAUAGAGCAGAAAUGGAGAUUUUCGCCAGUUUAGCCAUUUUGGAUUGAUGAAAAAGAAAGAUAAACAAUAAAGGCAAAACACAUUCUUAAGUCCCAUUUAUCAUUUGUUUCAGUUUGGAGUUUAUCAUUCUUAAUGUAUGCAUAUUUAUAUUUUGAGAAAGCAAACGUAUACCUGAAA